AUUUAACUAAUAACAAGGCACCCAUCCUAACGACAACACAACUGAGGCGGAUUGAAUUUUAAUUUAUUUAAAAAAUUUGGACGACGAAUUUUAAUUUCGAUUUCAACCAGUUUCCACAUACGUAUCAUUAUCAAGGUGAUUUCACUUGGUCAUCUUCGAUAUGAUGCGUUGUUACUACCGCAAAAUGAGACGAGAUGACCAUUAGCAGUGCAACACCAGCAGCAGUGGUCAGCAAGCAGCAUCAUCAUCAGAGCAAAAAGUGCCGUGGAAAACCGUUUUUUUGUGAGAAAAGUGAAUUUACUUUUGUGAGUGCAUUUGGUUUUUGGUAAUAAUUGCAUCCAUUCACGUGAUCCACCACCUCCGAGUAAACAGAGGAAGGAGUAAAUUUUUUUAGGAAAUUUGGCUUUUGAAAAAGAAGAAACCAAUAAUAAUGUGAGCGACUUUCUUAUUUUGGAAAAUAUGUGUGUGUGUGGUGGGAGAGAGAGAAGAAAAUAGUGUAGUUUACGAUUAAAGGACAAGAAAUGUACAUCUUUCGACUCUUUGGGGUGGCCGUUCUCAUCCCACUGAUUUCUGUGGGGUUGUGUGCCAAAGAUUCGGGAGGAGGAGGAGGCAAAGGGAAUAAAUUGCGGCAUCUCUCACAUCACAAUGAAACUGGACCGGUCACGUUUCCAGCUGUCAACACGGUUCCAGACAACAACGCGACGGACUCCAUAUCUCCGCGAAGGUCCUCUUUUGACUCGAUGAACCUCGACGUCAAACCGAUUUCAAAUUCGACACGUGUCGAGAGACGCUUAAUUUUCGAUGAGGGUGAAGGACGAGGAAUUAUUUAUGAAUUUCUUAACCUCUCCUGGCUUUUUACGCUGCUGUGGAAAGCAAUCUCGAGCUACGCCAUCGUGGCCAUCGUGAACGUACUGCUCACCCCGCUUUUGAAGAAAUUCGGGUGGGGCGGGCCGUACUGGGAGACGUCGAUCAAUCUGGGUAAUUCCGGCGAUCAACACUUAUUCAAUUUUGGUCCCAGUCUUAAGAAAUUCAGGCUGUCUUUUGCGGACAAUAAAGGUUCCUCGAAGGCUGACAUGCAUCAAGAAGGGUCCGGUGGUGGGAUGCCCCCUUCCAAAGGGGCCUGGGGACCGCAACCACUCCCCCCGCAAAUGCAUGGUCACCAGCAACCCGGGCAUGUCGGCUUCAAUCCGCACCACACCGGGCCGGGUUGGCUUUCUUAUGACCAGGCCGCCCUCGCGAUGCCCUAUGUCGACAAGUAUUCCAUGAAAGCGGCGAAAAAAGCGCAGAAAUAUACGAAGAAGGCGCAGAAGUAUGCGCACAAAGCGAGCAAAUACGCGGCCAAGGCGCAGGCUGCGAAAUUGUCGAUGAAACCGUUGUAUGCGAAUGGGUUUAUUCACCCGGGUGCCGCGACGGUCCCGGGAGUGCCGGCGUAUGGGUGGGGAAAGUGAUGGGAGAAUGGAAAGUGAAAUACGUGGACUGAGAUACAAAAUUGAUAUUUAUUUUUUGGAAAUUUUGCGAGGAUUUUUAUGAUAUUUAUUACGAAAUUUGAUAGCAUUUUAAUGAUAUUUUAUUUAUUUUUGAAAUAUUUACGACUUGCCAAGCUUUAGUUAGUGGAGAUUUUUGAAAAAAAUGCAAUUUGUAUGAUUAAGAAUUUUAUGAAAUUUUGUUCGCAAAAACCAUUUGUCAAUGCAAAAUAUGUAAUGAUUUAAAAAUAAGUGAAGUACAUAUGUAUUUAUUUAUUUUAUUUAUUGUUUUUAAAAUUGUGUGUAAAAUUAAAUUGAUUUAUGUUUUUGUGGGUUAACGACAAAUGACAAAGUAAUAAUUUUGAAAUAUUUAUUUUAUAUUGUAAAUUUUAUAAAAUUUUGUGACACAUCAACUUUUUGUCAAUGCAAUUCCAAAUAUGUGAAAUAUGUAUAAUAAAAAUGAAUUUACCCUA